CUGGAAUCUCGCGCUCGCCCUGCACGAUUCCCUAUCCGCCAGCGCUGUGGCCGCGCACGCCUCCCUUGACCCCUCCGAGCCUCUUCCAUCCUCACCUCCAUCCCGCAUCCUCUGCCAUCGAAUGCAUACCAUCGCCGAAGCGUGAUGAUGUCGCCGCCAUCCGCCCUCUUGUUCGUUUAAACCCCCAUCGCCGCUGUCCGACUCGCCCUCAGCAUCCCUCGCCACUCCUCCACCAUGCAUAUGUCCACGAGCAGCCUGACGGCGCUGGCCAUGGCGCUGUCGCUGGCCACUUCACAAUCCAUCUCGCCCGCCAACUUCACCGCCGCCACGGAGAGUCUGCAAAACGAUGACCGCCUCACGCUCUAUCUCUCCGACGGGAACAGCCUGAUGCCCGAUGCACCUCUCCUGGGUCUGACUGAUGCCGCGCGUAACUCCAUUCCCCCAAAUGGCUUGGUGGGCACCGCCUUCUUCUCCGAAACCGUCAACGUACCCGAGUCGACGGACAUCACCCUGAUCUCCUGCGAUUCCUCCCCCGGCUACCUCGACGCCAUGACCCUCUUCAUGCAGGCCGCGCAGACGGACGUCAAGGCGGUGGUCUUCUACACACAAAAGUCGGACUACUGCGACCUGCAAGACUACACCGGCCCGUACGGCUGGAUAUACACGAUGAAGAGCGCCAAUGAUGCGACACUGACGAUCGAACGGGCAUCGACCCCCGAUCCGUUCAACGACGGCACGAUCUACGCCGCGGUGGACUAUACAACCGUGAACGGCACGAGUCCCGCCUUCCACCCCGGUAACGACGGCGGGCCGCCGUCUCCCACCACUGCAAUCGCCAUGAUCAUCUUGUAUUCCAUCACCGGCGUCAUCACCGGCCUUUUCCUCCUCAUCAUCGUGACUGGCGCCGUCCGAGCACACCGGCAUCCCGAGCGAUAUGGGCCUCGAAACAUCAUCGGCCGGCCGCGGCAGAGCAGGGCGAAGGGACUUGCGCGCGCCAUGUUGGAGACCCUCCCCAUUGUCAAGUUUGGGGAGCGCGAGGAGCCGAAGCCCGGCGAGGUGGAGAUGGGAACCGUCAACACUGCGCAUGGGGAGCCGCACGUUGUGCAAGAGCCCAACAGCGAUCCUGCCGCCUCUAAACAGCAGGAUAAUGUGCAGAGCAAGGAGGUACCGGUGGAAGAGGGCAUCGCAGCAGCGGUAAACCCAGGCACGCAGGCGCAUCCCGACCAUCAAGGCUGUAGCAUUUGCACGGAAGACUUUGAAGCGGGACAGGACCAACGAGUGCUCCCGUGUGACCAUCGCUUCCAUCCCGAAUGUGUCGAUCCGUGGCUCCUGAAUGUCUCGGGGACAUGCCCGCUUUGCCGAAUCGACCUACGGCCGACAGCCGAGCAGGGCAUUGAGAAUGGGGUGGCAGCACUCCGGGAAGGCGAGGCGCCUCCUCUCGGGCCCCAGGAUACUGCGGGAGAGCGGCAACGGAUGACGAUCCGGCGCUCCAUCGUACUGGGGAUCAUGGGAGUCGGCCGGCCCGGGCUCAUACCCCGCGAAGAGCGCGUGGCAGCUCUGCGGCGACUCCGGGAGGAGAUGCCUGUGGUGGAGGCCAGAGAAGAGCAGGCAGCGGUGGCGGAAACGCCGGAGGAGGCACGGCGGACCAGGCGGAGGCUGGGAGACUUGUUGCGCAGGUUGGCGCCGAGCACGGGGGAAGUGGACAGCAAUGACCCCGUUGUACAAGAGGCGGCGCGGCUACAUGUUCAGACUGGGCGGAUACGCUAGCCUGCAAGCGAGGUGCGAGUUGCGAAUUGCUUUUGGGAUAGCGGAGUGCGUUUGGAGUUAUUUUUCGGGGAGAUGGACACUUCUUAUCGCAAGGCAACUUGGGUGUACCGUUGGAUAUGAAGGGAUGCUGCGAUGAACAACAAACUGUCAUUAACGAUUUGAAUGGUUUCGGUUAGGUUUGGGGUGUUAGGAGGACUACAUUUAGCAUUAGGUGUACAGGUCA